AUGGAAAGGACAAAUGAGCGACUGAUCACCUUCAUGGAGAAUCAAGCUCAAGAGGCCAAUGACGACGGGAAAUACUUUAAGAAUAUGGCAUAUCAUCGUCCGCCGCAAUACGACGGAGAAGCUGAUCCAGUUCGCUUCGAGAAUUGGCUCGCAGAGAUGGAGAAACUUUUAGAGGUCAUUAACUGUCCAGCGCACCUAAAAGUAAAGCUGGCUUUCUUCUACCUAUUUGGUCCAGCAGAGUUAUGGUGGUGUUCUGUCAAGGCCACUAUGACUGAUACCUUUUGGGAUGAUUUCCUUAUAACUCUUCGUCAACAAUUCUAUCCACCAUCACUCCAACGGAAAAAGGAGAAUGAGUUCUUACAUCUUCGUCAAGGUCUUAUGACCGUGAUUGAGUACAGUUGUAAUUUCAGUGAGCUGUCUCGAUUUGCUUCUGACAUCGUAAGCAAAGAAAGUGUUCGUGCAUCUCGCUUCUUUGAGGGUCUUAAUCUUAAGAUCCAAAAGGGGAUCGAAAAGUAUUAUGACUUCCGAGAUCUCUACGACCGAGCGCUUGAGUAUGAGAGGAUGCUUGACAAGGAGGACAACACCAACAAAAGAAAAUUUGGUGGAGGCAACAACAACAGGAACAAGAGGCCGACCAAUUGGGAUCGCAAAGAAGGGAUCCAGUUGGGAGCUAGUAGUAUUGGUAAUUAUGGAGCUCUUAGUUCUUCGGGAAAUGUUCAGAGUAUUGCAGCUAGGAGGACUACGGGUUUGCACGCUAUUAGCAACCAUGUAGACAAUCUUCAUCAGGCGUUUGAGGGUAAGGUCAUUUCUGGUCACUUUGUCGUUGGAGAUUCUUUGGCUCAUAUUCUUUUUGAUUCAGGAGCUGACCGAUCUUUUAUCUCUACUUCUUUCCUUCAGAAAUCCUCUAUCUCUCUUGAACCUCAAAAAUAUAAUCUCCAAAUUCUAUUACCUGACGGUUCACCAUUUCUAUGUUUCCGUAUCGUUCUUAAUUUCCCUCUUGAGAUUUCGGACAACCAUCUACCUUCCGAUUUAAUAGUGUUUGAGUUGGGUACAUAUGAUAUUAUUUUGGGAAUGGACUGGAGAGAGGUUAAUUUUCAUAUUGAUCUAAUUCCUGAUGCUACCCCUAUCUCAAAGACUCCGAAGCGUUUCGCUCCAGCUGAGUUAGCCGAUUUGAAAAAGCAAUUGGAUGAGUUAUUGGAGAAAGGUCUAAGGAAAGACAUCUCUGAUUUUGUGUCUAAGUGCCUAGUCUGCCUGAGGGUAAAGUUUGAGAGACAAAAGAGUUCAGGGUUGCUUCAACUGUUGCCUGUCCCAGAUUGGAAGUGGGACUCGAUUUCUAUGGACUUUGUGGUAGGGCUACCAAGGACCUAG